CGAGAGUUGGCUCAAACGCGACGGCGGGAAGGCGGUGGAGCGGCCCACCUGAGCAGUUGGGUGGGAGAGCGAAUGGCUGAGGCAAUGGCGGAUAGCUACAGCCAGGACAGCGAGCCUACCACACGCACGUUAUUGCGGCGCGUGCUGGAUACCGCGGACACGCGCACCCCGCAGCGACGCCGAAGUGCCGGAAUUGGUGCCCAGAAAUCCCUACUUGAAACACCUUCCUCCAGGAGGUUGAACAGCUCAACAAAGACGAAUGCAAGGCGGCGUUCCCAAAGAGCCAGGUCUAUUGGCAGAUUGGCCCAUGUUCAAACCAGUGGGCACCUGGAGGAACAGACACCCCGGACUCUGCUGAAGAACAUCCUUCUAACUGCCCCAGAAUCUUCCAUCAUGAUGCCAGAGUCACUGGUCAAGCCAGUGCCAACACCGCAGGUGGUCCAAUCCUCUAGACAGGAAAGCAUUCGGGGCAGCCUGGAGCUGCAACUUCCUGAGCUUGAGCCCCCUACAACCCUGGCUCUAGGUCUGCUGGCUCCUGGCAGGAGGAAGCGGAGGCUGAGAUUGUCAGUCUUUCAGCAAGGAAUAGACCAGGGGCUGCCUCUCUCCCAAGAGCCUUGUGGGAAUGCCAGUGCCUCCUCUCUCACCAGUUCCCUCAACUUGACCUUUGCCACACCUCUUCAGCCACAGUCAGUGCACAGGCCUGGUUUGGCUCGCAGACCUCCCACCCGUCGAGCUGUAGAUGUGGGUGCAUUUUUGCAGGAUUUGCAAGAUACUUCCCUGGCCUUGGCUUCUCCAGGUAACAGCCUCAGAACCCCUGUUGCUACCCUGCCAACCGACACCGUGUUGGAGGACACUCAGCCCUUCUCCCAGCCCUUGGUUGGCCAUUCCCCCAGUGUGUACCACUCCCUGCCCUGUCUCUCUUACACUGAGGCUAAAGAUGCUGAGAAGGCUGUCAGUCACAGGACACAGAGGAGUGGGCCUAAGCUGCAGAACCACAGUCCUGGAAAACCAGCCCAACUUCUGGCAGGAAAGGCAAAGAAGGUUGAUGCCCUUGCUAUGAGCUUCCCAAACACCAGCAGUGCUAUCGCUGGAGAAGAUGAAGUAGAGCCCUUACAGGGUGGAGUUGGUGAGAACGCAGAAGAGAGGAUGGAGGAAAGUUUGAGUGUGAGUGAAGUGAAGGACACAACAGGAACACAAGGAUCUGUUAGGACAGACAAGUCUGACAGAAAUGAAACGUCAGAAGCUGUUGAGGCAAAGGAGCCAGAGGGAUCUUCAGGAGAUGAGAACAUCUCUGGUAGGACAGCAAGUCCAGAAUUGGCCUCCAGCACCACUGAGUUUCUUCAGGCCAGGCAACUUCAGUUUCUUGAGUCAGCCCCACCGCCUAGCACUGCCAUCUUAUCCUCAGAGCCUCUGGAGCCUCUACCGACCAGGCUUCCUCCCAGGGCCAGAACCCUUGGCCCCAGGCCCCGUCAAGAUCCCCACAAGACUGGACUGAACCACUAUGUGAAACUCUUCAGCUUCUAUGCUAAGAUGCCCAUGGAGAAGAAGGCUCUUGAAAUGGUGGAGAAGUGCCUGGACAAGUAUUUCCAGCAUCUUUGUGACGACCUGGAGGUGUUUGCUGCUCAUGCCGGCCGCAAGACUGUGAGACCAGAGGACCUGGAACUGCUGAUGCGUCGGCAGGGCCUGGUCAACGACCAAGUCUCUUUGCAUGUGCUUGUGGAGCGGCACCUGCCCCUGGAAUACCGGCAGCUGCUCAUCCCUUGUGCAUUUAGUGGCAACUCUGUCUUUCCCGCUCAGUAGUGGCCAGGCCUCAACACUCACCCAGUCCCUACCUAGGGCCACUUGGCCCCACAUAUUCUUCCAGGUCUCCGCCCAUCCCUCCUCACCAUCAAUAAAGUGUCACAAACAGAA